AUCAACUGAUAGUUCAGAAAGAAGUAUUCGUUCGCAUCUACGUGCCCUCAUCAAUCGCCAUAUCCCAAGUUUCUUUCUCACCCACCAAGAGACGCAACCAUGCCACCCACCCGCCGCCGCUCUGGCAACCCCGCCUCCACCAGACACCAACAGACCCUCUCUUUCGGCACAAAAUCACGCAUCUCAAAGCCCACAUCUGGCCCAUCCUCCAAACACCUCAAAGACAUCUCCUCUCCCUCACCGACCGCUGAACCUGAACUCCCCGGCCGCAAGGGCGUCUCGAAGAGCCCAUCGCCAGCCGCGCCCACCCUCGUCGCGGACGUCGCCAAACAGGAAGUGGUCGUACCCGCACAGCCUAUCGCAGCAUCAUCAAAAUCCGAGAAUGUCGUUCGCGAGCAAGCCCGCGUGCAACUCCAAGCACCCAAGUCAGCCGAGGAUAAAAAGGCGGAGGCGUUGACGGAGGAGGAUAUACGGCGGUAUUGGGAGGCGGAGGAGGCGAAGAUGAGCGCGCCCAGAGUGCACCAAGAAGGUCUAAGCAUACACGAGAAGAUCCUCCGACAUUUCGAUUUAUCAAAUCAAUACGGGCCUUGCAUCGGUAUUGCAAGAAUAAAACGCUGGCGCCGAGCGCACACGUUGGAUCUGAAUCCACCUAUAGAAGUCCUUGCCGUGCUACUCAAGGACGAAGCGCGAGGAGUUGCCCGGGAGAAGGCAUAUAUUGACGAGUUGUUAUCGUAAACGAAUAACUGCACUUUGAAUCGACAAACCGGCGGUCACAACGGGUGAGAUGCGAUGAUUAAGGAUGCCGAAUAUUCUCUAAAUGUUCUUGAUAUUUGCUUUCGAGCUGGGCGGGUUGGAGUUCGGUGUUUCUGGAUCCCAGUUUGAUGGCGUAGUUGUAUACUCCGUACCUAACUAUAAUGGUGCUAUCGCUCAUGACCUAAGUCCAUAUUUGAAUGCUACCUAAGCCAUCUA